AUUGAAAUUACUCCCAACAAAUGAAAUUACUGAGUCACCUUUUUUUUCUUGGAUACGAACUGUUGCUUUCAGUGGUCUGUGCUAUAUGUUAAAGAAUUAUGAGUUAGUGCUUCGGCACAUCUAUACCUUUUUUUUUCUUCUUCACACACAGAGCCAAAGUUAUCAAGAUAACCUACUAAUAUAUUUUAUUCAGAAAAAAAAGCCAUAGAUAGGAGGAGAAAGUGGAAGAGAACCCAAAAUCCCCGUCCCUCUCUUAUUUUACUCACAAACACCAAACAAAAUCUCUCUCUCUCUCUCUCUCUCUCUCUCUCUCAUUUGCAUACACCCAAGCACAUUCGCUCGCACAAUAUUUUAUAUUCUAUAGCACACAAUUCCAACCACCCUUCCUCGUUCUGCAUUUCUCUCUUUGUAUUUUCUUGUGGUGUUCUUUGUUUCUUCUUGAGAUGUCACCAUUGGUAGAUUGUUGAAUUUCUUUUUACCCUUCUCGUAUUUUUAUCUUGAAUUUCGUAUUUUCCUUGGAUUAUUUGAACUGGGUAAGGUGUUCACCCAUCUGGGUCAUCGUUGUUUUUCUUCAAAUUGAUGCAAAAAUUGGGUUUUCAUGGUUCUGGGGCAGCCUGUUAUGGAUCUUGAAGGAUGGAACCGUGACAAUCCAAUCAAGAAGGAAUCAUGGAGGACAGUGUUGACUCUGGCCUAUCAGAGCUUGGGGGUUGUAUAUGGAGAUUUAAGCACUUCACCUUUGUAUGUAUACAAAAGCACUUUUGCAGAAGACAUUCAGCAUUCGGAGUCUAACGAGGAGAUAUAUGGGGUUUUGUCUUUUGUGUUCUGGACAGUAACUCUCAUCCCACUCCUUAAAUAUGUGUUUAUAGUGCUUAGAGCUGAUGAUAAUGGCGAAGGAGGCACUUUUGCUUUGUAUUCAUUGCUAUGCCGCCACGCCCGAGUCAGUACUUUGCCCAAUUGCCAGCUUGCUGAUGAGGACUUAUCUGAGUACAAGAAGGAUGGAAUUGUAUCUGCAGAUAAGAGUCUUGGCUCGAGUCUACGAUCGACAUUGGAGAGGCAUAGAGUACUUCAAUGGGUAUUGCUUGCUUUGGCUUUGAUUGGAACUUGUAUGGUGAUUGGGGAUGGAGUCCUUACGCCGGCAAUUUCUGUGUUUUCUGCUGUUUCGGGGCUAGAGCUUUCCAUGUCAAAAGAGCAUCAUCAAUAUGUAGAAGUCCCGGUUACAUGUAUCAUACUGGUAUUCUUGUUUGCGCUCCAACAUUACGGGACCCACAGAAUAGGAUUUCUUUUUGCACCCGUUGUGAUAACAUGGCUAUUAUGCAUCAGCGCCAUUGGUGUAUACAAUAUCGUCCACUGGAACCCCCAUGUUUACAAAGCGCUCUCUCCUUAUUACAUGUACAAGUUUUUGAAGAAGACUCAAAGGGGAGGUUGGAUGUCCUUGGGUGGGAUUUUGUUGUGUAUAACAGGCUCAGAAGCUAUGUUUGCUGAUCUUGGACACUUUUCACAGUUAUCUAUCAAGAUUGCUUUCACCUUUGUGGUUUACCCGUCUUUGAUCCUAGCGUAUAUGGGGCAAGCUGCUUAUCUUUCCAAGCAUCAUGUUAUUGAAAGUGACUACCGGAUUGGAUUCUAUGUGUCAGUACCUGAGAAAAUCCGAUGGCCUGUUAUGGCAAUAGCCAUACUCGCAGCAGUUGUGGGAAGCCAGGCCAUCAUCACUGGAACUUUCUCCAUCAUCAAACAGUGCUCUGCUCUGGGUUGCUUCCCGAGGGUCAAAAUAGUACACACAUCGUCUAAAAUACAUGGCCAGAUUUACAUUCCUGAGAUUAACUGGACUUUAAUGAUACUAUGUUUGGCCGUUACUGUCGGUUUCAGAAACACAAAACACAUAAGCAAUGCAUCAGGUUUGGCAGUUAUAACUGUUAUGUUGGUAACCACCUGCCUAAUGUCUCUGGUUAUUGUCUUGUGCUGGCACAAAAGUGUUUUUCUAGCCAUUUGCUUUAUAUUCUUCUUUGGUUCUGUAGAAGCACUAUACUUCUCAGCUUCACUCAUCAAAUUCCUCGAAGGGGCAUGGGUGCCCGUUGCUCUCUCGUUCAUCUUUCUAAUAAUCAUGUACGUUUGGCACUACGGCACUAUCAAGAAAUACGAAUUCGAUGUUCAAAACAAGGUUUCUAUCAACUGGCUGCUAACUCUGGGCCCUAAUCUCGGGUUUGUGAGGGUCCGUGGCAUUGGCCUCGUACAGACAGAGCUCGUGUCAGGGAUCCCAGCAAUUUUCUCCCAUUUCGUCACCAACCUCCCAGCUUUUCACCAAGUUUUAAUCUUCCUGUGCAUCAAAUCCGUCCCAGUACCUCACGUAAGACCCGAGGAAAGGUUCUUAGUGGGAAGAAUCGGCCCAAAAGAGUACCGAAUUUAUAGGUGCAUAGCACGGUACGGUUAUCGCGAUAUUCACAAAGAUGAUGUGGAGUUUGAAAAGGACUUGGUAUGUAGUAUUGCUGAAUUUAUUCGGUCAGAAAGGACGGAAAACAAUGUGGGGAGAGAAGAUUUGCACAACGAUGAAAGAAUGACGGUUGUUGGAACGGCAUUAACAAAUUUAGAAGGAAUAAGGAUGUUUGAAGGUGAUGGAGAUGGAGAUGAAGAUUUUUCUGAAAUGUCUGAUACUUUUGAAUUGAGGGAGAUAAAGUCUCCGGAGAUGCCAAGGAGGAGAGUGAGGUUUCUUGUGCCGGAAAGUCCUCGGAUCGAUGUGAGCGCACGAGAGGAGUUGCAGGAGUUGAUGGAGGCAAGGGAGGCAGGGAUGGCGUUUAUUUUGGGGCAUUGUUAUGUGAGGGCAAAGAGGGGUUCAAGUUUGAUUAAAAGAGUUGUCAUUAAUUUUGGGUAUGAUUUCUUGAGGAGGAACUCUAGGGUUCCAACAUAUGCUUUGAGUGUUCCUUAUGCAUCCACUCUAGAGGUCGGGAUGAUCUACCAUGUUUAGUUUUUAGCCUCGUCGGUCUUUUUUUUCUCCUUUCGAUGUAUUUUAUCAUUUUCCUUUUGUCAUGCUAUUGUAAAUGAUAGGUUUGAGGCUUUUGUGUUAUGCCAACCAACUGUGUAUCUUAAGUAGCUCUUGAACAUGUGAAAACUUU